AUGUCUCCUCUUCGGUCGAUUUCACUUUGGUUCUCCGCCGCUUUCCUGGCUACGGCCUGGAGUUCUCCAACAAACAACACACACUGUGGACACGACUUGUGCACAUGGUGGCAUGACACCGGCGAAAUCAACCAACACACCCCUGUCCAGCCCGGAAAUGUUCGCCAGUCCCAUCGAUAUUCUGUGCAGGUCAGCAUCGCUAGAGAGAAAGAAUUUUUUGACUCAUUCGUUUAUGAAUCAAUCCCUCGCAAUGGCAACGGCCGGAUCUUUUCUCCCUCGGAUCCCCCCAAUAGCAACACGCUCGAUAGUUCAGUUGACGAUGGGAUAUCCAUCGAACCUAGUAUUGGCCUCAACAUGGCUUGGACUCAAUUUGAGUAUAGCCAAGAUGUUGUGCUCAAGAUCACCACGAUCGACGGUUCUUCAUUGGGGCCGCCAGAGGAUGUGAUCGUCCGACCGACCUCCAUUCAAUACUCCAUCGCUCUGUCGAAUGACGGUGGGAUUUUUAUCCAGAUUCCUUUUGUUGAGACGGGACGCAAGUUCUCCGUGGAGUUCAAGAAUGACCUCUACGCUUUCCAAUCUGACGGAAAUAACUAUGUUUCUUCUGGAGGCGAUGUUGUGGGAAUUGAACCCACCAAUGCACUCGUCAUUUUUGCGAGUCCUUUCCUCCCCUCCGACAUGGUCCCCAGAAUGACAAAGGAAACUACGACGACCAUGAAGCCUGGCCCGAUUAAAAAUGGAGACUGGGGCUCUAAGCCCAUCCUUUAUUUCCCCCCUGGCGUCUAUUACAUGAACGAGAAUACCGACGGCGUCACUGGAAACCUGGGCUCAAAUCAUAUGAUCCUCGACCCAACGACGUACUGGGUGAAUUUGGCCCCUGGCGCGUACGUUCAAGGCGCCAUUGAGUACACCACGCAUGCGCAAAAUUUCUACGCUACAGGUCAUGGUAUUCUCUCUGGUGAGCACUACGUCUACCAGGCCAAUGUGGACGAGGGUUAUACCAGCUUGAAGAGUGACAGUACAAGCCUGCGGAUGUGGUGGCAUAACAGUAGCCAGAGCGGCCAAGUAUGGUUCUGCAACGGUCCGACACUCAAUGCGCCCCCGUUCAACACUAUGGAUUUCAAUGGCGAUGUUUACGCCAUCAGCAGCCGAAUUACGGACUACAAACAAGUUGGCGCGUAUUUCUUCCAGACUGAUGGCCCGGAAAUCUAUCCCAACAGCAUUGUCCGAGACGUCUUCUGGCAUGUCAAUGACGAUGCUCUCAAGCUUUACUAUAGCGGCGCGACAGUCACCCGUGCGACCAUCUGGAAGUGUCUCAAUGAUCCCAUUAUCCAGAUGGGUUGGUCUUCUCGGAACAUCAGCGGGACUACUGUCGACACGCUAAACGUGAUUCACACUCGCUACAGGGAUGCCAACAUGGUUGUUCCAACUGCGAUUAUCGGCGGAUCUCCUUUCUAUAUGAGCGGAAUUACUCCGGAUCCGAAUCAGGCAAUCAGUAUCAGAGUGUCGAACCUGGUCUGUGAAGGGCCGUGCCCAUCCUUGGUCCGAAUUACGCCCCUGCAAAGUUAUCGGAAUUUGGAACUGGAGAAUCUGGCUUUCCCUGAUGGCCUGCUGAAAAAUCCUCUCAAAAUCGGUCAAAGUUAUAUCCCAGCCUCCCCUGGAGUUGUGAUGGACCUGAAGAUAGCGAAUUGGACUGUCGGAGGAGAUCAUGUUACUAUGGAUAACUUUCAGUCGGACAGUCUUGGUCAACUGAACAUUGAUGUGAGUUACUGGGGGAAGUGGAGUAUUACCCCAUGA